CCGGCCGCGCCGGAAGCUAGGAAGUGGGCGCAAGCCUGGGAGGCAGGACCCCGCGUGGAGACACACGCUGUCCAAGACUGGACUUUGCCUAUUGGCUGGCGGCGGCCCGGUCCCACCCGGAGCUCUAGGGCCGCGGCGGGCGGCUUCCCGCGGGUCGGGAGUAAGCGAUCGGGGCGGUUCCCGUAGCCAGCGAGGCCCGCGUGGAUGUCCCCGCGUCUCCCGGCCUCUGCACCCUGCAGCUUGGCUCUCGUCUCGUCGCUGCCAGGGGGAUACAGAGUCCCCUAGGGCGGAGUGGGCUCGGAGUCCGGAGUGCUGGGCACACCACUGGCUUCCCGAAUUUUCCCAGGUCGCCCAGCGUGGCCUCUGUGCUUCUGGGGUUUGUAGUCAGCAAGACCUGGUAACGAGUCCGGGCCGCAGCUUCCAACUUUUUCGAAACCUUGUGGAAAUCGCCAAGUCUCAGUUCCUGGAAUGAAGAAAGCUUGACUCCCAGGACACACAGGCCUGCAGUCCCUGGUGUGAUGAGAAUGUGGGACUUGCCGUCCUGAAUUAGAAAAGCAAGGCAGUAACCGUGGGCCCUGACUCUGUUCAUCAGCGAUGAGAGAAAUGGAAGCCUUAAAUUCUAGGGAUAAAAAGAGGGUCCUUCCCACCUGGAUGACAGCCGAGGGGCCUGAGAAGAGAACGAGGGCAGCGAAGACCCCGAAGAGGAGGAAAAUGGCUGUGGUGCCUGCGGCUGCAGCAAGACCACCCACAGUGAGGACCGCGUACUGCUUGAGUGAGGCCGAACUCGUGGACGUUGCUCUGGGCGUCCUGAUCCAGAGCCGAAAACAGGAAAAGGUCUUGGAGCAGCUGCCUCUGGCCGGCACUGAUAAACCAGCGCUGUGCCCCACCUGCUCGGAGUUACCCAGUCCUGGGAGCACGAGGGAGGCUGAGGACAAUGGCAGCGGUGCCCGCCCCUCAGGCCUCAGCCCUCCUCAGGGACCUCCGGGCCCUGGCUCGGCCUGCAGCAGAAGCCCCGAGGAAGAGGAGGACGUGUUCAAGUACGUCAGAGAGAUAUUCUUCAGCUAAGGGACGGACUCCUGGCACUUUGUGUCCAGAACAGUUCAAGGAAGCUAGGCUUUGGCUCCCUGCCAGGGCGGCUCCCAGCUCCACACCCUUGGGCUGGGGGUCCCGGAGCCAGGAGCCCGUAUUCCUCUCUGCACGGUGGCCGCUGCCGGCUCAGGGGGUCUGCCAGCACAGCUGUCUGUUGUGUUCAGUUACCAGGUGCCAGGGAGAAUGAGGUCGUGGUGGUCAAACUUCCCCGCAUCAAAGAAUCAUGUUAAUGAUUUUCAGACAAAAUAAAGUGUGGCUGCUAAAUCCACCGGAACUCUA